AUUACGCGUUGAUUCAUACAUACAUCUCAGGAACAGCGUUAGUAGUGAAAACACCGAAAUAACUGAUGUAGGGAAAAUAUGUAUUCUACCAUCCAGUUUAACAGGAAGUCCAAGAUACAUGCAUGAACGGACCCAAGAUGCCAUGAGCUAUGUGAGGACUUAUGGGAAACCUGAUCUUUUUAUAACGUUUACAUGUAAUCCUACUUGGAAAGAGAUGAAAGAAGAACUCUUUCAUGGUCAGUCUGCGAAAGAUCGUCGAGAUCUGGUAGCAAGAGUAUUUCGACAAAAAAUAAUUAAGAUGAUGAAUCUUAUAAAAAAAUGUAUUAUCUUUGGUUCAAUACGUUGCGAUAUGUAUACGAUAGAGUGGCAAAAACGAGGCCUACCUCAUGCGCAUAUACUAUUGUGGCUUAACAACAAAAUACAUUCUAACCAAAUUGACUUAAUUAUUUCUGCGGAACUGCCAGAUCCCAAUACCGAUCCAGUUCUAUUUCAUAUCAUUAAGAAAACUAUGGUACAUGGUCCAUGCGGAAAUUUGAAUGCCAAUUCUCCAUGUAUGGUAAACGGCAAAUGUAUCAAGAGACAUCCGAGACAGUUUGUAAAUGAAACGCAAACUGGAAUAGAUGGCUAUCCACUUUACAAAAGGAGAAAACCAGGGCAUGGUGGAGUGUCUACGAAAAUCAAAGUCAACAAUGGUAUCGAGGUUGAUAUUGACAAUAGAUGGAUAGUUCCUUAUUGUCCACUACUUUCAAAAGCUUUUGAGGCUCAUAUAAAUGUAGAAUUUUGUAAUUUUAUAAAAUCUAUAAAAUACGUUUGCAAGUACGUAAAUAAAUGUUCCGAUGCGACGAUGUACGCUCUUCAGAAUCCAAACUUAAACGAUGAAGUAACCACCUACCAAUGUGGAAGAUACAUAAGCAGCAGUGAAGCUUUUUGACGAAUUUUGGGUUUCCCUAUCCACGAGCGACAUACUGCAAUUCAACAGCUCAGUGUCCAUUUAGAAAAUGGCCAAAGAAUAUACUUUACUGAACAAAAUAUUUUACAGCAAGUUAUCGCUCCAAGAAAUACAACGCUUACGGCAUUUUUCCAACUUUAUCAAACGGAUUUAUUUGCCAGAACAUUGCUUUAUUCUGAGGUGCCAAGUUAUUAUAAUUGGAAAAAUAACAAAUGGAACAGAAGAAAACGGGGAAGUUGUGUAGAAGGACAACCAGAUAUUUUUAAAGACGACACUUUGGCAAUAAUUUAUACUGUCCAUCCCAGCCAGCAAGAAUGUUUUUUUUUGAGAAUACUUUUAGAAGUAAGGGGGCCAACCUCAUUCGAAAGAUUAAAAACAGUGAAUGGUACUGUCUGUCAAACUUAUAGAGAAGCUUGUUUGCUCCGUGGACUUCUUGAAGACGAUGCACAUUGGCAAGUAACUAUGACAGAAGCAUCGAUGUCAAAUUCCCCAAAAAGUCUAAGAAACUUAUUUGCAAUUCUAAUCCAUGUGUGCAAUAUUUCAAAUCCACUUCCACUGUGACAAAAUCAUAACGACAAUCUAUCCGAAGACUUUCUGCACCUUGCUGAGAUUCAAAAUCAAAGUCAUGAAAUAACAUAUGAUAAUAAUAUAUACAGUUUAGCACUUGCUGCCAUUGAAGAUAAACUAUUAUCUCUAGGGGGAAAUGAGCUUCCAACGUAUGGACUUCCUGUGACUCAGAGGAGUACUAUGCAUAACUUGAGCCGUGAAGUAACGCGAGAACUUUGCUAUGAUGUCGAAUCUUUAAUCGAAGAAACUGAGACGCAUAUUUCGAAGUUUCUACCCAAGCAGUAUUUGAAGCAGUUAUGAAUAGCGUUGUAAAUAAUGCAAGUAAAAUCUUCUUUCUUGAUGCACCAGGUGGCACAGGUAAAACAUUCGUUAUAAGAACGUUGUUGGCUCAAAUUAGAAAAAACAAGCAAAUUGCGCUCGCCGUAGCGUCUUCUGGCAUUGCGGCAACUCUUCUGCCAGGAGGAAGAACAGCCCAUGCUACAUUCAAGAUUCCCCUAAACUUAGCAGCACAAGAAACACCUACAUGCAAUAUAAGCAAAGGAACGGGCUUAUCAGAAGUCCUAAAGCGAUGCCAGAUUAUCAUCUGGGAUGAAUGCACUAUGGCUCAUAAAGCUGCUUUAGAAGCCUUAGACCGAACACUACAGGAUAUUUGCAGCAACAAGAAAAUAAUGGGCGGUAGAACAUUGGUUUUGGCAGGCGACUUUAGACAAACAUUGCCUAUAAUUCCUAGAGGUACACGAGCGGAUGAAAUAAAGGCCUGUUUAAAAGCAUCACAUCUGUGGCAAAGCGUGACACAAUUCAAGCUGUGUACAAAUAUGAGAGCCCAUGUAUAUGGGGAUCAAUUGUAGAAUAAAU